AUGACAUCAGUAUCGCCCUCGCCACCUGCCAGUCGAUCGGGCUCGAUGUGCUCUGACUCGUCGUCGUCCCUGCAGACUGAGAAACUGGCACACAUUAUGAGUCUUAGCACCGAUAAUGAACUUCUUGGGCGCAUCACCAAGCGAUUGAGUAGAUCUAGGAGAAUUGCUUGCUUGACUGGGGCAGGAAUUUCGUGUAAUGCAGGAAUUCCCGACUUUCGCUCCUCUGAUGGACUAUAUGAUCUAGUGAAAAGGGACUCUUCGCAAUAUUGGUCCAUCAAGUCUGGUAGGGAAAUGUUUGAUAUUUCCCUAUUUAGAGACGAUUUCAAGAUCUCCAUUUUUGCCAAAUUUAUGGAGAAGUUAUACUCGAACGUUCAGAUGGCCAAACCGACCAAGACUCACAAGUUCAUCGCGCACUUGAAAGAUAGAAACAAACUGCUGCGCUGUUACACGCAAAACAUCGAUGGGCUAGAGGAAAGCAUAGGGCUUACUAUGUCGAAUAGGAGGUGUCUGUCGCUUAGCUCAUUCAGUUCGCAUUGGAAAAAUCUGGACGUUAUCCAGUUGCAUGGCGACUUGAAAACUCUUUCAUGCACAAAGUGUUUCCAGACUUUCUCCUGGAGCAGGUACUGGUCUCGCUGUUUAAGAAGAGGUGAGUUACCAUUGUGUCCACAUUGUGAGGCGCUUAUCAAUAAAAGAAUGAACGAAGGGAAGCGAACACUCGGAUCCAACGUGGGCGUUUUGAGACCGAAUAUUGUUCUUUAUGGUGAAAACCACCCGUCCUGCGAAAUUAUUACACAAGGUCUAAACCUUGAUAUAAUCAGAGGAAACCCUGAUCUUUUGAUUAUUAUGGGUACCAGUUUGAAGGUUGAUGGUGUGAAACAAUUAGUAAAAAAAUUAAGCAAGAGAAUUCACGACCGUGGGGGGUUGAUUAUCCUCGUAAACAAGACUUUCAUUGGCGACUCUUCUUGGCAUGGCAUCAUAGACUACCAAAUCCAUUCAGAUUGUGAUAAUUGGGUCACGUUUCUCGAAUCCCAAAUACCAGAUUUCUUCAAGACGCAAGACCAGAUCAAGAAAUUAAGACAAUUGAAAAGAGAGGCAAGCGACCUAAGGAAGCAAAUGAAGGCUCAAAAGGAAUCGAUCAGCACACCUCCAACAACUCCUUUAAGAAGCCCCCAGCACACCAGUGCCCAAGGAAACACCGAGUUGAACGUGAAGAUAAAAUCAUUAAAUGGAGUCAAGAGAAAAAUACUGUCACCGGAAAACUCUAGUGAGGAAGACGAAGAGGAACAUGUCGGUACGAGCAAACGCGCCAAGAUACGACCAACUUUCGAUGACACACAAGCAUCAUAA